UUUUAACUUAUAAAUUUCUUAUUCUCCUCUUUCCGAUUUGGUGGAAAUGCCAGAAUAUUCCAAAUAGAAAUAAGGAAAUUAAAGAUAAAUGUGUAGAUCAAAAUUAGUUGACUAAAUCAUUAAAUUAGAAAAUUUCUUGUAAAAACAUUUUCUAGAGGUUAGAAAAUGGUAUUUUAUGUUUGGUUCCAAAAACUUAAACAUGCAAUUUAAUAAAGAGAAGAGUUAACUUGUGUAUAAAGUUCGCGGCAUACGAUGAUUUUUUGCGCUAGAUACAUGUAAACACCAACAUGUUUUGAUCAAUUGACUUUAAUUUGGAAAUGAAACGUCAAAUCGUCGUGAUAUUUGCUUGCAAUCGUAAUCUAGCAUGAAGAAAAACAUGUACCACUUAACUAUUUUGCGAUGACAGAACUUACUCAGACACAUUCCAGAUAAUCAUUUUAUUAUGUUCAAUCUUAUAUUGAUCAAAAUUUAUGUCGAUAUAAUUUACUAUUAUUUAUUUAUCCUAAUCAGACUGUGUUCACAAAUGAAAUGAACAUAAAUUAACAUGUACUUGAGAAAAAAAUCAUGAGCUCAGAUAUUGAUGUUGAUAAAUGUGACAGCUCAUAGGUCAAUAUUGUAUAACUGAAUUUUAUAUUCAUAAAGAUAAAAAUAACAGUAAGAAAUUAAAGUCUAAAUUUAGACAAGAGGAAUGUUUAAGACAAAAAGAUGAAAUAAUGAAUCUGAUUGGCUGAAUCGCGGUUGUCAUGAACAAUAUAGCGUUUCAAAUGAAAUACGAACAUUUAAACUUAACAGUUACGUGAUAUGAGCUAUUGUACAAUGCCGCGGGCAAGUCAGGAAGAUCUGAUUCAUUCCUUUAAAAGCUAUUCGGACGUAACUAUGUUUCAUUAUACAAUACCAAAAGAAGUGCUUCGGGCUACGUGGCAAUUUGCCGCAUUUAUGGAUGAUCUCACAUGCCAACCACGAAAAGUUUACAUACACUUAAAGUUUGGUAGUUACCCAAUAAUUACCAAGAACAACAAUAUAUCUGUAAAAAAUAUGUAUACUGAACAUGAUGAUAGUAUUAUAGUUACUACCAUCACAACUUAUCAGUCAAAAAAUACAACUCUUGUUCCGGUUUACGGACCGCAACCUGGUGAUUGGUUUGUAGCAGCUUACAUGCCUUACUGGAAUGAGAAAGUACAACAACAGGGACUUGAACAUAAAUGUCAAUAUAGUAUAGGUACAGUAGUAUUGUGGUCACAGGAAGAUAAUAUCGAAAACAUACCCGUUGGUUAUAAACAAACAUUACGAACAAGUGCAACGACAACUUACUAUAAAAUAUAUAUUCCAUCAAAAACAUGGAGCUUUCGUUUGUCAGUUUGGAACUGCAGCUUCACAUUACGGAAUCUUCGUGAUAUUCGUGAAUCUUGUAUCGACUCUAUAUCUUUGAGAGGACGUGCUUUGCCAAUACUUAAUCAGUCUCAUUCUAUAAAAUUAAAAAAUCUGACAAUGAACACUAAUUACACUUUCGUAGAAUCGUCUCCAUACGAAGACAGCUACUAUUAUUUAUCGAUUGUCUCUAAUAGUGUCAUAGAAUUUAACGUCAAGAUUGAUAUAUCAGAAUGCCCUAUUAAGUUGACAGAAAAAUUUUUUACAAGAGAAUAUAUUAAUACUGUUUCAAGUUCUAAUUCGGUAAAAGGACACACCAAAGACUUAAUAAAACACAAAUGGUAUUACCAAGAAACCAAUGUUAGUAGCUUUUACAGCAGAGAUGAAUUUUAUAAAAAAAAUAAAGCAUAUGAGACUGAUAAUUUAUGCGUGCCAAGACAUCAAUUGGUUCGUGUUAAAUAUGCACAGACAUUUUCAUCUGUUUAUUUCUUACAAGGAGAAGAGUGGUUAAGUUCACGGCUAAUGUUAACCGAUUCAGUUCCAGUAAUGCUGCAAUUUGAUAUUUUACCAUUAAUAGACAUUGGUGGCAUACUUGAUAUUAACUUACAUCUAGAAGUAAACAAGAUGUCAUUAAAACAAUCAGUUGUAAUAACAAUAUGCAUUCAAAGAGGACGUGUACCCAAAUUGGAAAACUAUAAGUGUCAAAGUGAAGCUUUAUCACUGUAUUUAUCUUCGUUAGACAAGCAAAACACUAAUUUAUCAAUAGCAUAUCCGCAACCAGAUACAUGGUAUAUUAUUACCCAUGCAAGAUGUUAUAAUUAUGAUAAUCCUACAUUUUGUCAAGUAAAAGAAAUUUUUGUACUAAUGAACAUUCGUACAAAAAAUUGUAUGCAUUCCAAUCAAAGCCCCUGCGGUAAUCAUGGCAUUUGUCAAGAAAUUCAAAAAAACAUUCUUCAUUAUGCAACGUGCAAUUGUUUUAAGGGUACUAAUAUUAUAUCAAUACGAAGUUACACAGGAUGGGAUUGCACUGAAGUUCCGAACACUAUUCCGAUCAUGUCUUCUCUGAUAAGCACUGUUUUGCUUAUUUUGAGCAAUAUAUUUUUCAUACCAGCUAUAUAUAUAGCAGUCAAACGCGACCUCUAUGCAGAAGGUUUAGUCUAUUUAACUACUAUGAUAUUCUCAUCUAUUUAUCAUGCCUGUGAUCAAAAUGGACAAUUCUGCAUUGCAAAGUAUGAAAUUUUACAAUACAGUGACUUCUUCUCGAGUAUUCUGGCAUUUUGGGUGACACUAGUAGCAAUGGCAGAAUUGCCAACAAAUUUCAUACCGUUGUGUCACAUGGCUGGAGUAUUUGUGAUUAAUUUUGUUGUACAAAUUGAUAGGAUGCGUCUAAUUAGUAUAUUGAUACCGCUAUCUAUGGGCAUUGCAAUACCGAUUUUCAGAUGUAUUUACAAAAGUCUUCAGUUUAGAGAAUGUAAGAAACCAAGUCGAAAACUACUAUUUGGUUUGCUAUUGGUUCUUGCAGGAUUAUUACUUUAUUCCUUCAGUGAAACAGAGGAAAACUAUCAAUAUGUUCAUAGCAUUUGGCACAUAGUUAUGGCUACAUCGUUAAUAUUCUUGUUACCAUCAGCAAAACUGAAGAGGACAACGUCAUUAAGAAGUAUUACCUUUUACAAUUACAGUGAGUCAACAUGGAGCUACAAAGAGUCUUAUAGUAUUCCUACAUUUACAAUAAUUGAUCAGGAAAAUCACACAAUUGCGCCGAAUUGAAUAUUAUGUGGUAGAAUCUUUAUGCUUUUAUAGUUCUGCUUACUUUUUUGUUUUCCACAUUUUGUAGUUUAUGAUAAUUAUUUAUAAAGUCUUAUUUGUAUCUACUUACUUUCAAUAAGUAUUGCUCAAUUAUCAACAAUUUCUAUAUUAGAACUAGCAACAGCACGGUUCGGAUUCUAUCUAAAACUGUAGGUUCUGUAAGAACUGAAACUGAAGCUUGAGACUCUAAAUAAGUAAUACUUGAAAUAUACACUUAGUCAAUUGCAGAUUGGCAUAUGUUAGAGGCGGAUUGUUGGAGCCGCUUAAUUUUUCUUCUAAAAAAGAAAAUGAAGUUGGGUUUUAAAGAAUUUAAAGAAACAAUUUGUUAAUAAUUGCGUUUCAAAACUCACUGUCAGUACUGAAAAUCUAUAGUUUAAACACUGCCAUUACUGAAAAUCUAAAGUUUACGUGACAUACAUAAUAGAUUUUCAGUAUUAGAUAGUGAAUAAACGGAACGCAACUAGAAUAGCAACAUUAGCAUGCACAACUAUACGUGCUACAACUAUACGUUGAAGUCUGAUUUGCGGAAGAGCAACGCUCUAUAUCUGAAAUAUAGUACAUACAUAAAAUAUAAAAGUGUUUUAACAACCGACAGUUAAACAAAGUUUAUAAUUGUAUACAUAGAUUUUCAAGGUUGCAUGAGAUUUUUACAUUGAAACUUCCAUUUUAUUGAAUAAAACCAAUAUUCGAUAAGUUUAGAAUAAAUGCUCAGAACGAAACCCCAUCCUCUGUACCUUCUUACAUAAACAUAAACAAAAAUAACAAACCUUGGAAAUGUGGAAAAUACUAAAAAAAGCCAAAGAUGCGUAAAAGUUCUAGACUGCGUUCCGUUUCACGCAUAUGCGCGCAUGUAUUUAUAGUACACGUUACGUAUAGUAUAGAUAAAUGCGCGCAUAUGCGUGAAACGCAGCUCUAAUGUAGAACCGCGCGCUCAUAUCGCUACAGUCUAACCUAACCUAACCUAACCUGUCAAUAUAACAAAUGUUCUACCAAAGCUUUUUUUGCCGGAGUCUUUUGUUUCAUACAAAACCGCACCAAAUGAGCAUAAAUUUAAUAUUAGUGGUUAGGCUUGUAAAUAUUUACCAAUUAAAGAAAGAGUUUUGUCAUUGAUAAGAAAAGAAAUUUUGGUUGUUAACAUUAAGUACCAUAAAUAAGUCGACACAUUGAAUUAUGUAGAAUGCUGUAAAUCAGACAAUCAAAGGGAUCAUUUACUGGUCUCUACUACAAUCAUGUCUCAUGAACGAAGAUCAAAAGGACCCUACUUGGCAGACAUUUACGUCAUGAAAAAAGUCACAUGUCCACUCUCGACACUUAAUCGGCUCGUUCAAUCAACGCUUAGUUCAAUUUAAUCUCAUCUUCUUGCUUGCUCUGUGCUCACAAUUGUGAGACAUUACAAUCAUAAAGAAUUGUAUUUUAUUAAUUUGUUACACUUCAAAAAGAGUUAACACAUAUAGUCUAGAUUUUUAGUAUUUAAAAAGAAAUAUACAUAUAUAUACAUAUAUAUAUAUAUUAUGUGUAAAUAUGUCAAAAAUUAAAUUUUAUCUAAAUUUUUUAAAUUAAAUUAUUUUCCGUACAUACCUCUUUUAUAACUUGAAACACUUGAUGAAUCGAGACCUCUAUGGCCGGUGAUUGAUAGUCUGAUCUUAUAUUUAAGUUCGUUUUAAGUUCAUCUUGAGAUGCCACAGAUUUGUGAUGCAAUAUUGUUCGUAACAUUUCAGCACAAAUGCAACAGAAUCUGUCAUCAAGAGUUCGUUAACAAAAUGAAAUAAAAUUAUAUAUACAAGGUAUUUGAAACUUUUUGACACCGAAGAUAGAUUUGAUCAUUUGGAAUAGAAAAAUCACGAUAACAAGCCAACACCAGAUGUUCGGGUACAAUUAUUUUUUA